AUGCGUCGAAAUCGAAUACAUGAACAAGCUGAUAAACUAUCUCCACAAAAAAAUAAACCGAACCGACUUCAAUUGUAUUCAUUUGAAAUGGUACCUGAAUAUCUUCAAUCAAAUCCAUAUAUUCGCACGGGCUAUCGAUAUGGUUUAAAUGUAAAACAAUGCUUGUUGAGUUUACUUUAUCUGAAUAAUGAAUCGGUGAAUAUUUGGUCACAUUUAAUUGGUACUGGACUUUUUAUAUACUUUUUAUUUCGUGACAUUUACGCUGGACAUGCGUUACCAUUUAUAUCGUCAACAUCCGAUUACUAUUUUGUCUUAUUUUAUACUCUUUCUGUUAUAAUAUGUAUGUUAUGUUCGACUUUAUUUCAUCUAUUUGGUUGUAUAUCAUCACAAGCAUUUGCAGAUUUUCUUAAAUUAGAUUUAUGUGGUAUUGGACUUGGUAUUCUUGGCUGUUAUUUAUGUGGUCUUCAUCUUUCGUUUGAGUGCUACCGUAGUUGGAGAAUACGAUAUGAAACAUUAAUUAUUUGUAUAAUGUUCAUAGCUGUUAUAUAUUACGUACAUGGCGUAAGACGAUACAUGACACGAAACAUUCAUACUGCACUAUUUCUUACAAUAUCUCUCUUGGGAUUUUUACCUGGUUUUCACUGGUAUUAUCUUCAUGGUGGUUGGUCAAAUCAAUUUGUUCAACAUUUUUUUCCAAAAUUAUUUGUUCUUUAUUUAAUAUUGAGCGUUGGAACAGUUGCUUAUUUAACAAAAUUUCCAGAAAGGUUUUUUCCAGGCUACUUUGAUUUCAUAUUUGCAAGUCAUCAAAUUUGGCAUAUUUCAUCAUUAGGUGCAUUCAUUUGGUGGUAUCAAAAUGGUGUUGAAUUAUUGCAAUAUCGUCUUAGUAAUCCUUGUCAUACUCUUCAAAAUUAA